AUGUUAGAAGGGGAUGCUCUCAAUGUGGUCAAAGAUAUCAACUCAGAGGCAAAGGACUGGAGCUCAGUAGGAUUGAUUAUACAAGACAUCAAGGCUGAACUUCAGAACUUGGAGUAUGGAUCGGGUACCUCUACGCCAACACAAUACGCACAAACCAAAUCACAAAAAGAGAGAGUAGGAGAGAUGGAAAUCAUGAAUGCAGGAAUGGGAGAAACAAGUUAUGCAAUGAACUCCAAAGUUCAGCUAAAGGUGAUAUCUAUGACGAUGCCCAUCAUGGAGGAAGCUAUAACCAAUCUCUACUACAAUGCUUCACCAAGAAGCCUAGUCAUUGCAGACUUGGGUUGUUCUUCUGGACCUAAUACUUUGUUUGCAGUUUCUGAACUUAUCAAGGUAGUGGAAAAGCUUCGCCAACAACAAGGCCAACCAUCAGCUGAAUAUCAAGUGUUCUUGAAUGACCUUCCAGAAAAUGACUUUAACGUCAUAUUCAACUUAUUGCCAAGCUUCCAUAAAAAGUUUAGCUCUCAACUGGGGGUGGAUGCUAGUCCAUGUUUCAUCUCGGGAGUUCCAGGUUCCUUUUAUGGCAGGCUUUUUCUCAAAAAGAGUCUCCAUUUUACCUUUUCUUCAUAUAGCCUCCAUUGGUUAUCUCAGGUUCCUGAAUUCUGCUUGGAGAAUAACAAAAGGAGCAUUUAUAUCUCAAGCACAAGCCCUCCAAAUGUGGCAAAGGCUUACUAUGUGCAGUUUCAAAAAGAUUUCUCAAUGUUUUUGAAGUCUCGUGCAGACGAGUUGGUGGAAGGAGGGCGAAUGGUUUUAACGUUUAUGGGGAGAAAAAGCGAGAAUCCAUCCAGCAAAGAGUGUUGUUACAUUUGGGAGGUUUUAGCUAUCGCACUCAGUGACAUGGUCGAUAAGGGACUUAUUGGAGAAGAAAAACUAGACUCCUUCAACCUACCUCACUAUGCGCCAUCUGCGUCAGAAGUGAAAUCUGUAGUUUUGAUGGAGAAUUCUUUCUCUAUUGAUCGCUUGGAGGUUACUGAACUCAAAUGGAGUACUAUAUUUGGUGAGCGCAACUUGUCUGAGGCACUUGCCGAUAGUGCAAUGUGCGUAAGAGCUGUGGCCGAACCUUUUCUUGUUAGUCAUUUUGGAGAUGCAAUCAUAGAGGAGGUUUUCCGCAAGUACAAAGAAAUUCUUGCUGGAAGCAUUUCCAAAGAGAGCAGCAGCAUCAUGAAUGUGACUAUUUCCCUGACAAAAAAAGGAUAAUCGUUAUCUGGGUGUUUACAUAUAUAUGGCCUUUCUGGACCAACUAAGUAAUAAUAUGUACGUUGUAUUUCUCAGCUUUUCUAAUUACGCUCCAGAUCAUCAGGCCUAGCUAUAUCUUUUUAUGUACUGUGGGAUUGUUAAUGAAAUAAUUUGUGCGUGAC